AUGGAGCAACUUACGAGUACUCCACAGCGCGUUCCAGAGACCAAUGCAGAAUACGAAAAACUAAUUGGCGAUAAUUGUUCUGUCUACUCCGAUGUUUCCAGGGCAACUUCACGCGCGUCCCGCCGCUCUCGUCGGCCCCACAGUUCAAAGGACAAGUCAGUGUCGAUCAAGGCGCCCCAAAGGUCACGCCAGAGUGACUCUCGCAGAAAAAAGGAGAACGCCAGUGGGGACGAAGAAGGCGGAGCUCUUGUAGAAAAUGACGAUUCCCGCCGCUGGCCAGGCGAGACGGAUACAUUUGCCACGUCCGAAUGCACCCGCAUCUCAAACGAAGACCUCGGCAAGUUCCACGCCGAUCUUGGGGCGAGACUCAACGUUUCCAAAUAUCUCAACCCGGCGCGUUUAUCCAUCGUCUUAACGCAACUAUUCGCCUAUGUGACGCCUAUCUUCUUCCUCGUCCUGCCCAAAGCGCUGUCGGAUCCGCAGCCGGGCGCGAAAUCCCCUCAAUGCGAUAUCGGCUGUGAGGGUCAAAUUAUCGCAAUCGCAGUUCGACUACUCGUCCUUUCCCUCGCCAGUCUUUAUCUUUUCUGGAGGACGCCCAAGGCGAAAAUGCCGCAGAUCAACCUCUACCGUACCGGGGUCAACUUUCUCACAUUCCUCGUCGCUGCCGUUUACUGGAUCUUCUACAGCUACAAGGUCAUCCACUGGGAAAACUACGACUACCCACCGAUUGUCAAAUACUCCUCGAAUUUCGUCGAUAUUUUGCUCUUCGUACACUACCUGGCGAUUGUCCUUUUGUACCUGAGAAAAGAUCAGGAAAUCUAUCUUCUUGAGGUGGUGAGAACGACAGACGGCGCUCAACGAUUUUAUAACAUUGGCGCGGUCUCCAUUCAAGAGGCUGCCUCCUGGGUCCUUGAGAAAUAUUACGUCGACUUCCAUCUUUACAAUCCAGCCUUGUUGAAAUCGUCAAAAACCUCGAAGCUCAAGAACGUCACUAACUUCCAGGUACUCAAUGUUGAUGGUGGUGGCGAAGAAUCGAAAAAUGAUCGAACAAGGGCCAUUCUCACCGCAGCUGCGAGAAGAAGGGACGCUGGACACAAUGAGAAAUACUACGAGGAGGUUGAACGAGAAAGACGAGUUCGCAAACGAAAAGCUCGACUGACCGAGGCGGCGGAAGACGCGUUCUCUCACGUCCGUCGCCAAUUGAUUCCUGAUGCCAGCUUGGCCGGAAACGACUCAAUGGAUCCACGACAAACGGCGGAGAUUAUUUUCCCCUCGAUCGCGCGUUCCAUGCAAAAAUAUCUUCGAACGACCAGACAAAACCAGCACUACACAAUCGAAGAUAUCAUCGACCACCUUGCCUUUUGCAUCCGCUACGAUAUGGGCGCCAACGCCUUUCUGAACAGAUACACGGAAAAGAGGCCCCCUACCGCGUAUCCCGGACAGAUUAUGCGAUCGGUUGACUGGUCAGUGACAUGUGACUACCCCAUGAUUUCAAGCUUGAGGCCGGGUGUUGUUUUCAGCAUAAAACAGGCAGACUACAGUUUGGUGGUCACAUGUCGAACUGCGCCGAAACUCGCCCUCCGCGAAGAAUUCGUAGAUCCAGCUUCUCACCGCUUCGUCCUCAGAAUGGAUUCUUCUGAGACAUCUGUAUAA